CCCUUUUUUCUCUUCCAUCAGUCCCUCUUCCAAUUCCUUAUUUCACAAUUAUGCUCAAGAAAUAUGUUUGCUUUUGCUUUUCUGAAGAAAACCCUGCAAAAACCAGUGAAAAAAACAAGAGUAGUAGGAAUUAUCCAUGGGAUAUUUACAGUCUGAAGGAACUAGUUCAUGCAACAAACAAUUUUCACAACAAUAACAAGAUCGGGGAAGGAGGAUUUGGAAGUGUUUAUUGGGGUCGAACCAGUAAAGGCCUCGAGAUAGCGGUGAAACGGCUGAAGGCGGUGAAUGCAAAAGCAGAAAUGGAAUUUGCAGUGGAAGUGGAGAUUCUUGGAAGGGUUAGGCAUAAGAAUCUUUUAGGGUUGAGGGGGUUUUAUGCCGGAGAAGAUGAAAGGCUUAUAGUUUAUGAUUAUAUGCCUAAUCACAGCUUAAUCACCCAUCUUCAUGGACACCUUGCUGAUGAUUGCCUUCUAGAUUGGCCCAGGAGAUUGAGCAUAGCCAUUGGAUCAGCUGAGGGAUUAGCUUACUUGCACCAUGAAGCAAACCCACACAUAAUACACCGAGACAUAAAAGCCAGCAAUGUUCUUUUGGAUUCCGAAUUCCAAGCAAAACUUGCAGACUUUGGGUUCGCAAAACUGAUACCUGAAGGGGUUUCCCAUUUAACGACGAGAGUGAAGGGAACUCUGGGCUACUUAGCGCCGGAAUACGCCAUGUGGGGGAAGGUUUCAGAGAGCUGCGAUGUGUUCAGUUUCGGGAUUUUGCUUUUAGAGAUCAUAAGUGGACGGAAGCCAUUGGAGAAGCUUAAAAGUGGGGUGAAGCGGGACAUUGUACGCUGGGCUACACCGUUUGUACAGAAGGGCGCUUUUGACCACAUUGCUGAUCCCAGGUUGAGGGGAAAGUACAAUCGUGCCCAGCUGAAAUCGACGGUCAUGAUUGCGAUGAGGUGCACCGACGCGAGCCCCGACAACCGGCCCACCAUGAUCGACGUCGUGGAUUGGCUUCAGGGCGGCGGAGGGCGGCGGCGGAAGGAGAUUAAGGAGGUCAAAAAUGGCGGCGAGAAUGAUGGAGAUAAUAAUGGUGAGGAGGGAAAAAAAGGUUUUGAAGAUGGUGGAAAGGACAUAAAACGCAGGCCAAGAAGAAUCAAGGGAGAAAUACAUGCUUAA